AGUUGAUUGAAUGGGUUGGACAGGGUAGGAUUGCCAUUGAACGGGCAGUUGAACGGGCUGGGGUAAAGAUUAAAAUUGUUGAACGGGUGGCAGUUGAACAGGCUGGGGUGAAGAUUGAAAUUGUUGAAUGGGCUGUUGAACGGGCUGCUGAAUGGGCUGUUGAACGGGCUGCUAAACGGGCUGUUGAACGGGCUGUUGAACAGGCUGGGGCGAUGAUUGAAAUUGAACUGGGUAGGUUGAUGAUUGAAGUUGUCUAG